AUGAUUCGAUACAAGUCUACACGCAUUGCUCUGGGCGAUGACGAUCUCCGCUACCAUCUGGAAAGGCUGCUCCUUCGCCAUUCUCGCAUGGCCGAGUGGCAUCGGCAAGAUCUCGACCGCGACGGCUAUAGCGACGAUAGUGUGGCCUUCUUGGACUCGGAUUUUUUUUCGCCCUACAACCUCUCCCCGCGAGGGUCUCUCUGCAGCUCGAGCCCGGACUCUCCUAGUCAAAGCUCGUGGCAAUCGAACCAAGACAAAGAAGCUAGCCCUUCCGGGUUAUCAUCCUUGUUCAAUGAACCAGAUGCUCCGCCAUGCGUAGUGGUGCAAGAUGAGGUCCGGACCAUGAGUGCCACCUGCUCAUCAGGCGUCGGUGGGCCCUUGUCCGGAACAUCCUCUGGAGCAUGUCAAGAGCAACGUGUGACAGAGAGUGUGCAUCAGCACUCAUGGAAUACUCCUAUUGACAGCAGUUUGCCUUCCAACCAAUCACUGGGAAAGCGGGGCCUUGAAUGGCUGCACAAUCAUUCACAGACCCGCCAGCCCUUUGCUACAGCAACUGUGCCAACCAGAAUCCCCGUUAGUCUUUUCUCAGAAGAUGGAGGGAAAGGCUUAAGUGCGCCACAUCGUCACUCCAAUUCUCACCAGCUCCUCCUUAGCACCAGGGAAGUAAAUGGAGAAACUCUUUCCUGCAACACUCAACUCGCGGAUAGCUCGCUGCUUUUCGUAAACACCUCAAGUGAAGUAGAGAAUCUGAGACAGACGUGGUCGAGAUCCAAAGUGCAAGGUUCGGGACUCCGUCCGAGCCUUAAUCUCGAGAUACGUUUAGGAUCCACAUGUGUCAGCCUAGCUGCGCAAGAAACAGUGUGGGUUGACUUCCUUGCACGUCCCUCUUCCAGAACAAAUGCGACGUUGGAGGUGACCAAAAUGCCCGGUGAAAAUAAAUCGACCAGGAAGACACGCGGCCAGCGGGCCAACCUCUCGUUGCCGGGGUCUGCUGCUAUCCACCACAAUGGCCCUGGUGAAGGCUCGGGUGCAGCUAUUGCAAGAUCCCCAGCAGCACUUCCCACUAGAUUGCAGAGCAGUGCGAGGCCAAGGCCCACCGAGGCACAUCGAUCCAACCCCAUUCCAAGGGCUCCUAGGAAUAUAGUCUCGCAUGGUACACAGACUGAACCCGAACCCGUGGGAUUACUACCCGAGCAAGGUCACGAAGGAACAGUAACCUAUCAGGCUGUGAAUACCUCACUAGCAGCUCCAGCAGAGGUAGGUGCCGAUCUUUCAAGAACCAUAGAGACAUCUGGAGGUCUGAUGCCCUUCCGGAGUCCACAGGGAGUCCAAAACCAUGGCCUUGAACACAAUCCUCCGCAAGAACACAUGGUGCGGGAGGCGCCCGCCAUCUCAGGGCUACUUGGAAAUCUAAUACCCAUGUAUGCUCAGGGGGGUUAUAACGUCGAUAGAGUCAAGCUCGUUGCUUCUAUGCCAUCGGCAAAUCCACCGGUACCCGGUGGUAGAGGACGCAUGGCAGCUCCACAUGGUCACCGCUCCGAACCAUGCAUAGAUACCCGAGCGUCGAUCAACCCGCACCUGAUGGAGGCCAGGGAGCUCGAUGGCUACGUCAACUUCAUGACAUAUGAAGUACACGAGAAAGAUGAGAAUGAUAUCAAGGAUUAUGGCUCGACAAUGCUAGGAUAUGCCCGGCAAUAAAUUUGCAGGGUGGUUGUUGAUGAUGGCAUGCUGGGUGGAGAGGGAACGGUUGAUGUGACAGCAGGGUGGAUAGAAGCAUGUCAUCCGCGGUGGGGAGACAGCUGGGAAAAAAGCACCGGGCACAGCUGAUAUCACGCCUCGCCAAAGACAGACAGAGGAAGUCAUAGGGACUGAUGUGAGGGGAUGGAUUGAACGAAUUAUGAUACGUCGACCUCCUUGCUGCACCGGAGAAUUUGAGC